GUGGAUUAACAGCUAAACCAGGGAAGGGGAACUUGUGGCUUCCAGAAGUGUUGGAUAACAACCUGCAAAAGUCCCAGCCAGCAUGACCAUUGGUCAAGGAACAGGUGAUGGGAGAUAUAAUCUAACUUUAGGAGAAAAACAAAUACAUUCCCUUCUCUUGAGUUUGUAGCAGCGGGGCAGCAGUGGGGGUGGGAGGGAAUGGAUGGAUGGAUGGAUGCUGAUGAAGCAACAGGCUUUAAUGAGCAAGGAGAGCUUGUGACAGGGAGCAGCUCAGACUUAGCAGCUGAAGAAGGGGAGGAGGCAAGAGGCUACAGGAGAAUCCUAGGAAUCUGCCUCUCCUACUGUGAGAAGCUUCCUUCCUCCCUUGACUCCAAGGACACACAAGACAAUGCGUAAGGGGGAACAGAGAUUACAGGUGCCCCAAUGCAGUUUAAGGCUGCUUGGGAAACAUCAGGCAGAGAAGGAGACCUAGAGAAAGUAGAAGGCAGGGACCAUCAGUCCUGGCUACUGGAGGGACACACAGUGGCAAGUCUCGAGGUCCCAAAUUUCAGCAGCACCCUGUGCAGCACCAAAAUUUGGUGCCCCUCCUCCUCUUGCGCUCCAUUCUAAAAUGUAGUUGGGGUGCCCCAAGAAUUGGCGCCCAGUGCAACUGAACUGGUUGCACUCCCCAAAAUCAGCCCUUUGGGGACACAGUUCUCAAGCAGGAACAGAAAAAAAAAAUGAUACAAAAUAAAGAAGCAUAGUUCCUUGAUUUUGCAGUCAAAGUGGCAGCCUCCAGACAGGCCCAGAAAGCAUAGUCAAUGGACAGAAGUGAUGGGAGUUGUAGUGCAGCAACAUCGGGAAGGCACCCUAUUGGCUACCCUUGUCAUAAUUUAUUCAGCUCGCAGAAUUUAGCUAGACUUGGCAGAGAACACAUUUCAGUGCAUUUGGCUUCUGCGUGUAAAAAGUAGCUGCAGGAAUAAGGCCUCAGCACAGUGGAAUGGAAGACAUCAGCUGAUUUCUUGGACACUACGGGACUGACACCAUCAGCUGAAUUGGUGGAAGGGGGAAUACAGUGAAAUGCUACUACAGUUACAUUCCAGUAGUACGUCUGCUCAUUUGCCAAAAGGGGGAAAUUUAUGAAUAAUAUGAUUGUGUUGAUGUCCAUUCUAAACACUUCUUUGUCUCUGCUCCAACUCUGAGACAAUAAAAAUGAGGGAGUUUAUUUCUGGCAGCAUUCCCCCAUCAUUUUGUGGAUGCUCUGGGGAUUAAUAUUGUAUUUAUUAAGAAGUGCUAUAAAUUCUAGCUGUUAAAACUGGUGACUGGCUUGUUAACCGCAAAAGCUGGCUGCUUUCUCAUGCCAUUUUAAAUUCUAGCAGGGCGGGGGGGGGGAAUCUUCUUUGUUCCAUGCAAUUAUUCCUUCUGUUUUUUAAAUGUAAAUAUUACACAAGGAAACUCUCGUAAGUAUUUGCACUAUUUGGUUUCCUUAACUUUUGGGUAGAUAUUACAAUUUUCAUGAGAUUCAAAUGGAAUGCACCAACCAUUCUGAAAAUUCAAUAGUUUUAUAUUCCAUUGCUUCUUGGUGAUCACUAUCUGAACACAUUUUCAGCCGACUGAAGUGUAGCAUAGUUACAGUUGCCAGUGAUUAUAUGUGUUCAGAAUAUAAGGUAUUUCUUGGGCAUGAGUUUGCUUUGAACAGUUUCCUUGAUCAAAUAUAUCCCAGCCGCUCUCCAAAGAAACCUAGGCAGCAUACAUGGAGGCUUAACGUUCAGGUUAUGAAAAUGACAUAAUAUUUCCUCUUCAAAAAGCAUAGAUGUUUUCAGAUUGAUCUUUCUGAGGGCCCUAGCUUCAAACUUAAUCCUGCUCUUCCCCUCACCCCAGAGUGGUCCCAUUGAAAAUGUCCCCCCACUCUAGAAAGCUGCUAUUAGAACCAGAAAACAAGCUAUUUCCUCAUGUGACAAAUAGCAGCUUCUGGGAUGAGGGUUCCCACACAUCAGGAAGAGGAGAACUAACCCUUGUUGUUUAGUCGUUUAGUCGUGUCCGACUCUUCGUGACCCCAUGGACCAGAGCACGCCAGGCACUCCUGUCUUCCACUGCCUCCCACAGUUUGGUCAAACUCAUGCUGGUAGCUUCAAGAACACUAUCCAACCAUCUCGUCCUCUGUCGUCCCCUUCUCCUCGUGCCCUCAAUCUUCCCCAACAUCAGGGUCUUUUCCAGGGAGUCUUCUCUUCUCAUGAGGUGGCCAAAGUAUUGGAGCCUCAGCUUCAUGAUCUGUCCUUCCAGUGAGCACUCAGGGCUGAUUUCCUUAAGAAUGGAUUGGUUUGAUCUUCUUGCAGUCCAUGGGACUCUCAAGAGUCUCCUCCAGCACCAUAAUUCAAAAGCAUCUAUUCUUCGGCGAUCAGCCUUCCUAACCCUACCCAUGGCCAAUAUCAUUAAAGGGGAAAAAACAAGACAUGUUAAAAUGCAAUCAUUCAUUUAACCUCAUGCUCUUUGGGUCUUAUGUCUGGUUUUCAUCUAGCAAAACAGCAUGCAUGGGUCGCAGCAGGGCGAAAACUCCAGAAUCUCCUGAUGCAGUGGAAGAGAAGGCAAAUGUAUCCAAUCCCUGCAUAGUCCUGCUCUUCAUCCACAUAGUCUCUCUUACCUGUUUAUGCAAGUAGGUUUCCUAGCAUGCCACGAAGUUGGGAGAAAAGGGAGUAUGACAUCACCAGGCUGGGAACAAAACAAAGCAAAACCAGGGUGGGAACAAGUGGGAGCAGCCAUCACAGCCUUAUUUCCCCCUUUUUAGUAUUAUUUUUCACUUUUCCAUUGAGCUCAGUGGGAAGGAAAUUCCUUGCACCAGUUCCAAGGUCAGUGUAAAGUUGGGGGUAUGGUCAUGGUUUGGAGGGGCAUAGGAUGUGGUGCAAGUUUGCUACCCCAAUUUCCUCUGCAGUGUGUUCACCUUGCUCAUAGCUCUGGCCCAUUUAUCUGUUCUGCCAGUGCAUUUUCACCGGUGCAGCAAAUGUACCAACAGAGCGUUCCACUGGCAUAUUGUGUUAGUGGUAGAGGUAUAUCUGGUGUUGCCGUAUCCUAUAGUUCAUCAGAUGGUGCAUCUCAAGUUUAGGACCAUACCCUUAAUCCAUUAACCACUUAGACUGCAGUCCUAUACAUGCUUGCCUGCGAGUAAUCCAUAUCUACCCUUCUUCUGAGUAGACAGCUGUAGGAUUGCACUGUGCAUCAAUGAAAACACACCUGAGUUAUUGACUAAGCUUUCUUUAAUUGGAUGACAGCCCUAAAACAAAAAGAUUUGAAGAACGUUUCAUCUUUUCCUAUAUUUUCAGUUACUAAUAUGCCUACAAACCGGGAUGUCUGGUCUUGAAUUCAAUAUAACUUCUGUGACACGAUUCCACAAAGUCCUUUGGCUGCUUUCUUAAGUCAUAUAAACCUUUCAGAUUUCACAAGCCAUUUAUAUUUAUUUGCACGUUCUCUGAAACAUUUCCCAUUCCUACCACUUUUAUCCUCAAUGACUAACCAACAGAUAAUUCAUCCCACCCUAUAUCAGCAGACUCUUUGAUCUACACUGUUGCAACAGCUAUCAUACCCCCAUCAGUCUUCUCUAUAUUACGUACCCAUGGCCCUUUUAAAUUCUCAUUUAACCUUGUAUUCCAGGUCAUUUAUCAUUUUUGCUGCUCUUCUUUGAACUGCCUCCAAUUCGUCUUUCUCAUUUUCUUUCAGCCAGAAUGUAAAGAAGCAGCACGG